AUGCCCGCCAGUCCCUCGCAGCACAACUCAACGCUCGCCAUAUCGCCACUGGUUGCUAACAGAACAUAUGAUACGCUACGGUCCACUCCAAAUCAACCUUUGUUCCCAAGUCCUUUAGCUGCAAAUGCUAGUGCUGAAUCACCAUCUAGUGGGAACUUCAACCGCUCCAGUUUGGGGAAUGGAGGUGCUAGAAGUGCUAAUACAAGUGACAAUUCCAUCAACAACUUAUCACAGGCUGAGAAAUUGAGACUUUGGAGACAUGAUGCACUAAUGCAACAUCAUUACAAAACUGCUGAAUAUAUUGGUGAUAAAGUUCUUUCGUUAACAAAUGAUCCUAAUGAUGCCUUUUGGCUUGCACAGGUGCUAUAUUCAAAUGGGAAUUAUUAUAGAGCAAGACAAUUAUUAUCUAAGAAUAAUCUGGAUUCUUCAAGUGUUAGUUGUAGAUAUUUAUCUGCACUUUGUCUUAUGAAAUUAGAAAAAUUUGAUGAAGCUUUAGAUAUAGUUGGUGAGACAAAUCCUUUUAAAUCUGAAGCACAACAUGUUAAGAAUUUAGAUGGUGGUAUAAAACUUGAGGCUUCAUUAUGUUUUAUAAGAGGUCAAAUAUAUGCUCGUUUAAAUAAUCUGGAAAGAGCAAAAGAUUGUUUUAAAGAAGCAAUCUUAGUUGAUGUGAAAUGUUUUGAAGCUUUUGAUGAAAUGAUACGAAAUAAUAUGUUGACUCCAUUAGAAGAAUGGGAACUUUUAUCCUUAUUGGAUUUCCAAGAUGCUGAUGAAAAUGGUGAUUUAAUUAAAGCAUUAUAUACAACAAGAAUUAACAAAUAUGUUAAUGGUGAUAAAUUUGAAGAUGCAGAAUUGAAAUUGAAUGAAGAAUAUAAUUUGGGUGAAAAUAAUGAUGUUUUAUUAAGUAAAGCUGAUUUAUUGUUUAUGCAAUGUAAAUUUCAAAAAUCUUUAGAAAUUUGUGAAAAAAUCUUGAAUAAAGAUGAAUUUAAUUUUGCAACAUUACCAACUUAUCUUUCAUGUCUUCAUGAAAUUGGUGGUAAAAAUAAAUUAUUUUAUACUGCUCAUAGAUUAGCAGCUCAUUACCCAAAGCAUUCAAUUUCAUGGUUAGCUAUUGGAAUUUAUUAUUUAUCAAUAAAUCGUAUAACAGAAGCAAGAAAAUUUUUCCUUAAAUCUUCACUUUUAGAUCCAAAUUUUGGUCAAGCUUGGAUUGGAUUUGCUCAUACGUUUGCCGCUGAAGGUGAACAUGAACAAGCUAUAUCAGCUUAUUCCACUGCAUCAAGAUUUUUCCCUGGAACUCAUUUACCAAAUUUAUUUUUAGGUAUGCAAUAUUUACAAAUGAGUAAUUUAAUACUGGCGGAAGAAUAUUUACUAUCUUCAUAUUCUAUAUGUACAAUGGAUCCAUUAUUAUUAAAUGAAUUAGGUGUUAUUUAUUAUCAUAAAAAUCAUCUUGAAAGUGCAGAAAAUUAUUUUACUCAAGCAUUAAGUGUUGCUAAAAAAAUUGAUUCAGAUUCAAAAGCAUGGCAAUCAAUUCAUGCAAAUUUAGGUCAUGUUUAUAGAAGAUUGAAUUUAUUUCCAAGAGCUUUAUAUUGUUUUGAAAAAGUUCUGAGAAUAAAUAAUAAUGAUUCAAAUAUUUAUUCAGCAAUUGGAUUAAUUCAUUUAAAAUUGGGUGAUUUUAAUAAAUCAAUUGAAAAUUUACAUCAUGCUUUAUCAAUAAAUAAUAAUGAUCCAGUUGCAAAAGAUUUAAUGAGAAGAGCACUUGAAGAAAAUGGAUUAUCAUCAGAGGAAAAUCAUAUAUCAUCAAAUGGUUCAAUUUUUUUCAAACGUUCAAAUGAAUUAUUACAAUUAAAUUCGAAUACUUUAAAUUAUCAAAAAAAUAAUGUAACACCAUUAUUUAAUAGACAAAAAAAUAUAAUAAAUAAUAAUUCAAAUACUUUAAAUCAAAGUAUUGAACAAAGAGCUACAGAUUUAAUCAAUGGUGAUGAUUCAAGUGAUGAUGAUGAUGCUAUAAUGGAAAUUGAGAGUGAAUAA